CCUGGACCUGUUAGCGAGCUCUUGGGCAUGUUGGCCUACGCGUUCGCACAAGUACAACCGUUACUACCUCUCUACACCCAUCUUGUUCUCUCGGCAUUGUUCCCCAUCGUCACGGGCGCUUACUCUUCACUAUCACGACCUUCAUCAGCAGCCAAGCCGCUCAAAAAGCCAAAGGACCAUCGCAGAUCAGACGAGCAGGACGAUGAAGACGAUGAUGAGGACAGUAUCCAGAAGAUGGAAGGCUUGAGCCCCAGUGAUGCUGUUAUCUUUCCCGUCCUCGCCGGAUGCACGUUGGGUGGUCUCUACCUACUCAUCAAGUACAUGGGUGCUUCCUUGCUGAACAAGAUUUUGCGCUGGUACUUUUCGGCCAUGGCCAUCUUCAGUGUUGCUAAACUUAUCAAUGAUGGUUUGGGAGUAGCAGAAUCUUUCUGCUUCCCUCAUUACUAUACGGAAGGAGGUGUCUUGUGGCAAGUCAGCCAGUCUGACAGAAAAGCCAUCCACUCAGCUAUCUGUAUGAGACCGUCGCCUUUGCCUGGUAUUUUGGGUCGCAUCAUCCUUCCUCAACGCCUUCUGGCUUCUCUUUGGGCAGUACGUGGCUUGCUCAGACGCAAGUACCGUUUGAAUUUCCAUCUGUCCAGCUUGGUGUCCUUCAAGGUCACGCUUACCCUUCGCACAAUUCUCUCGACUAUUCUUGCACUGGCAACCAUCCUCUGCUCCAACUUUGUCUUUGACGCAUGGUGGCUCACCAAUCUCCAAGGCUUUGCCUUUUCGUACAGCGCACUUCAGCUCAUGUCUCCUACCACAUUUGGCACCGGAUCUCUUAUCCUCUGCGCCUUGUUCUUCUAUGACAUCUACUUUGUCUUCUACACUCCUCUGAUGGUUACUGUGGCUACUAAGCUUGAUGUUCCUAUCAAGUUACUUUUCCCUAGGCCUUUGGAGGAGGGCCAGGUUGCUGCGGACAGAAAGCUGGCUAUGCUCGGUCUGGGUGAUAUUGUGAUCCCAGGUAUGAUGAUCGGACUCGCUUUGAGAUUCGAUCUCCACAUGUACUACUUGAAGAGGCAGACGAAGCGCUCAAAGCCUACUCCCUCUGGACCAAUCCAUAACAAUGAAGAACAAAAGGCAAGCAACAAGGAGGUUGAAGAAGAUGUCAACAAGGAGCCUUACCGAUCAGUCACUGGCCAUUGGGGUAACAAGUUCUGGACCACUUCCUGGAUCGGCCGCUCCUUGCUCCCCGAGUACGAACCUUCGAAGAAGCUCUCUCGCAACCCCAUCCCUACCUUCUCGAAACCAUACUUUUAUGCUUCGAUCGUUGGCUACAUUCUCGGAAUGUGCGUCACGCUUGGAAUCAUGCAAGUCUUCAAGCACGCACAACCUGCUCUGCUCUACCUGGUUCCUGGUGUCUUGGGCAGUCUAUGGCUGACCGCUUUGGUCAGAGGAGAGAUCAAGCAAAUGUGGGCUUUCUCAGAAGCAAGCGAUGAGGAGGAAGAAGAGCAAGACAAGAAGAAGGACUCCAAGAAAGACGCAGAGAAAAAGGAUGGUGAC